AUGCCGCCAGGUGUCUAUCAGAAGCUAUCGCAGGAAGGGUCUAGCGAGCCUAAAACAAGCCAUGAACUUAUAAUAAAAAAUGGCGAUGACACGCUGCCAAACGUGGCCGGAAAUGGUUCCCGAUUAGGCAGCCUAGCGCACUCAGAGGACGAUUUGGACGAGUUCCAUAUUGGCGAUAUCAGUGAUGACGAAGAGGCCCAAAACACACCAAGCCCAGGCACCUCCAGUAUGCGUAUGGCGUUUAUGAAUAUGGCCAACUCGAUUCUAGGUGCAGGGAUUAUAGGGCAGCCGUUGGCGAUGAAAAAUGCCGGGCUUCUAGGCGGAAUAUUGGUUAUGAUAUUGUUGACUUUUCUUAUCGACUGGACACUCAGGCUUAUCGUAGUGAAUGCCCAGCUCUCGCAAACACGGUCAUAUCAAGAUACUGUAAAUUUCUGUUAUGGCCGUGCAGGAAGAUUCUUACUUUUGGCCACCAUCAGCUCUUUUGCUUACGGUGGAUGUAUGGCAUUUUGCAUCAUCAUCGGCGAUACCAUUCCGCAUGUUCUCACACUGAUGCUUCCAAAGUCCAUCACUAGCACAGAGACCUCAGUGAUUGGCUGGAUUUUCGAGCGGAAUGUGAUAAUCGUGGUGUUUACCUCGUGCAUUUCGUACCCACUUUCGUUAAAUCGGGAUAUUUCCAAAUUGGCCAAGGCCUCUGGGUUCGCCCUUGUGGGUAUGGCCAUCAUUGUUGUCAUCACUGUCGUCAGAGGCCCAUUUGUGGAUGCUUCACUCAAGGCACCACUAACUGCGCUGGAGAAAUUCGUGAAUAAGAAUCUCUUUCAGGGAAUAUCGGUGAUCUCGUUUGCUCUUGUGUGCCAUCACAACACGUUAUUCAUCUACCAGUCCAUGAAAAAUGCAUCCACCAAGUCAUUUGCUACUUUGACUCACUGGGCAUGUGGAAUCUCCAUGUGCUUCUGUCUUCUUAUGGGUGUCCCAGGUCUCUUAAACUUUGGCCCCAAUAUCAAGGGCAAUAUAUUGAACAAUUUUCGCAGCGACGAUACCUGGAUCAAUGUGGCACGUUUUUGUUUUGGCCUUAAUAUGCUCACAACAUUUCCGCUCGAGAUAUUUGUCGUUAGAGACGUGUUGAAAGACAUUGUUAUGGCACACAGUCUGACCUCCAGCUCUGGAAGCACAGCCCACCUAGAACUCUCCAACAAACAACAUUUCAUUAUCACCACAGUGCUUGUGUUCUCAUCUAUGUCUGUUUCCUUAUUCACAUGUAACUUGGGUAUGAUUCUCGAGCUCAUCGGCGCGACUUCUGCAUCUUUGAUGGCAUACAUCAUUCCACCCCUCUGUUACCUCAAACUUUCAUGGGAUAGCUUCGACAUCAAGCUGUCUUCGCGGGGCGAAAAGUCACGGUUUGUUUUGCUCAAGGCUCUCCCUUGCAUUUUAUGUACAAUAUUCGGAGUUUCCGUCAUGGUCAUUAGUUCUUAUAUGACUAUGAGGGACAGCAUGGAAAACAGCGGGAGCGAAUCACACUGCGUUAGCGGCUGA